UCCAGCAUCAACUCAACCUUAUGACAUUGAACAGAGGGAAAUGAUGAGGAACUGAGUUUAGUAUAGAUAAUCUUGGAUGGUUUUCAAACAGCUUCUUGCUUCUUUAGAGAGUUUUAUGGCUUAUCACUGACAGUAACUGCCCAGAAUGGAUGGCAGUCUUAUUUCCAGCCUAUAAAGAGGCAAGUGUAUGUGAUCAAUACCACAAGGAGCACAUUUAUGCUGUGCUGCAGAGUUUAUCUUUUUCCUGUUUAAAUAAUAUUACCCACCCCUGACUAGCUGUUCUGCACAAACUACAAUCCUGCUCUUCAUCACAGGGGCUGUAUGAGCUGGGGAAGGUGGUGUUACCUGUGUUCUUUAAGGGAAUUAAAGCCCAUUUAACUGAGCAGGAAAGCUAUUUGGAUCUAAAGAUACAGACUCAAGUUCAGCCAACUGAGGAAUGAUCUUAAGGACAGCCUUAAUGAAGAAUUAAAGGUCUGGAGCCUGCCAGAUUGCAGGGGAAGGACAGGCAAAAUAAAGGAGACAUAUGGGAUGAGCAGCUUGCAGGAACAAGGGGCUUUUGUCAGGGAAGGGUGUUGCAGAGACCUUCCCAGGCCAGGAACUACAUUGCUAGUGCUGCUGUUAGGUGUCUUCACAAAGGUACUUCUUGCUCAACAGGAAUGUUUCACAUGCCAGAUUCCUAAGCCCCAGGUAGAAAUUUCACUAAAUCUUCAUUAUAAGUAUUGCAGGUCCCGGUCUUGCUCUCUGGCUGACCAGGACUUUCUUCCACAUGGAAGGAAGCACCCCAUUCCAGCAGUGUUCACCCCAGCAUCCUGUUCAGUUCAACGCCCCACAAGCCUUCAUCUUCAGGCUCUGCAUGAACUUCCUUCUCUCGUUUAUAACUGUUCACAUGAGUAUUUUUGGAGGAGGAGCUCUGUAGGGAGGAACCAAGGCAAACCAAGACCGUGUUAUUUGCUGCCCUGUGCUGGCAGUUCCCACCAAGAGCAGGGCACUGUUGCUUCCUUGACCUCAAGGCUGGGAGGAGGGGACACGUGCCACCCAGGAGGGCUCGCACCGACCAUCCUCUUCCCAGGGCCAUGGCACAGGAAACAAUGCCAGGCGCCUCCCUGGAGGGGAGUCGUCCCACCUACAGGUACAAGGUGGUUCUGCUGGGCAGCAUGUCGACGGGGAAGUCAAGCCUGGCCUACCGAUAUGUGAGAAAUGACUUCAGGGAGUUCCUGUCAACCGUGGGCUUUUCCGUCUUCACACACACGCUCAACCUGGAGGCAGCCACCGUCAGGUUGGAGAUCUGGGACACGGCAGGCCAGGAGAGGUACGAAAGUGUCUGCUACCUCUACUACCGGAAUGCCCACGCUGCUCUCCUUGUUUAUGACAUUUCUAAGAAGGAAACACUCAGGAGAGCAAAGAUGUGGCUGGAGGAGCUGGAGGAGAAAUUCCGUCCCGAUGAAAUUGUCAUUGCUUUGGUGGGCAACAAAACAGACCUUGCUGCUGAGCGAGAGGUCACCACUGAGGAGGGGGCAGAGUUUGCACGGACAAAAGGCCUCCUGUUCAUGGAGACAUCUGCAAAAUUCAACCAUCAAGUAAAUGAUAUCUUCAUGGCCAUAGUCGAAGAGCUCCUGCGUCAGGAAAAAGAGAAGCCAUCUGCCCCAUCCCCACACGGGAGAUCAACAAUUGACCUGAAGGAGGACACGCCAAAGAGGAAGUGCUGCUGACUCUGAGGACAUGCAGCUCUGGACCUCAGCCAUGACUGGAUGAAGUCUCCACGAGGAGCAGUGACAAAGCAAUGGGGACUCAGAAGCGCAGAAGCAGCUCAGCCUGACCACCCUCCCCCUCAAAGAGAGUUCAGAGCCCAUCCUGGGUGCACAGGGCCUCUUCAACCCUCUAACACUGUCCUCAUCUGAGAGCUAAAGCACAGGGUUUUCUUCCACCAAGCUUCCACUUCCAGAGAAGAGCACAACCUGCCAGCAACACUACCACCAACCCUGACUGGUGACAUCCCCCCACCCCAGCUGCUCAUCACCUCCUCCAUCUC